AUGGCUCAAGCAGGAAAGGAGACUUUGAUAAAAGCUGUGGCACAUGCCAUUCCUGCUUAUAUUAUGGGCGUGUUUAAAUUACCUUUGUCAGUAUGCGAUGAUCUAACACGGAUGGUUAGAAAUUACUGGUGGGGUUCGGAGAAAGGCAAGAGGAAAGCUCACUGGAUGGCAUGGGAGAAAAUUAUUCAGCCAAAGGCUAGGGGGGGAUUGGGUUUUCGUGAUUACAGAAUCUUUAAUCAAGCUUUACUAGCCCGGCAGGCAUGGCGGCUUCUCGUCAAUCCGGACAGCCUAUGUGCGAGAGUCUUAAAAGCUAAGUAUUAUCCUAACGGUCGUUUGGAAGACACCGUGUUUGCAGGGAACGCCUCAUCGUCAUGGCAAGCGAUCACGUACGGGCUUGAGCUGUUGAAGAAGGGUCUUGUGUGGCGGGUCGGCAAUGGCCAGAAUGUCAGAAUCUUGCGAGAUCCCUGGCUGCCUCGACCACCAUCAUACAGACCCGUCACCGUGCAAGGAAGAUGCAGAUUGCGACGUGUAGCUGACCUGCUCAGCGCGCAUGGAACCUGGGAUGUGGAUCUUCUCCGCCAAUACUUCGUGUCACCGGACGUUGAGGAAAUUCUUCGCAUCAGGCCAGCACCAAGCCUUGAUGAUGUGCUACCAUGGGCACCGGAUCCCAAAGGCGUCUUCUCUGUACGGAGUGCGUAUAAGAUCGCCCUGGACGACAAAUCCCGCACAUCUACGUGCGCCAUGAGCAGGGCACCGGACGGCAAUCGCGCCGUCUGA